AUGAGCGAGGCCGAGAGACGAGAGGAGGAGGAGAGAAACGACGAGAUGUUGAACGCCCCGGACGAAUCGGAGGACACAAGAAUGGAAGAGACUGAGGAACUGGAUGAGUUAAAGGACGAUGAGGACGAUAACUCCCUGGAGCUGGGGAUGAACGAGUCCGAUCGAAUGGAUGGAGACGAUAUUCUGGACGAUCUGUUACCAACCAAGGACGAGAAUAAUUUCGAAGAAGAUGAGGAGGAUGUGGAGCAAAGAGAUGAUAUAUCUGACGAGGAGGAGGAGGAGGAGAAAUCUGAUGAAGAAAGGGAUGAGAUGGAUGGAAUUCAGGAGAAUGCUGUUUCUGAUAUCAGUGACAUUGGAGUUCAAAAGAAAAUCCAUGAAAUUUCCAAAAUUAUGGCGGGAUACGAAAUAUUUAUAAAUGCGCGAAAUGAUGGGAAACUUAGUGAUACGGAAGACGACCUUGUGCAAGGAGACGGGGUUAAGUUCCCGGAUUCCGAUUUCUCCGAAGUAUCAAAGCGAGAAAGUGAGGAUGAGACCGACGGCGGAAAGAAAUCAGAACUUGGAGAUAAAGAGGAUGUAAAUAUUUCCAAAGAGCGGUCUGCAGAACCAAAGAUAAAAGAAGAAUCAAAAAACAACUCGGAGGUUGCUCAGCAUCUUUAUAAUCCAUGGAACGAGAAUAAGCCGGUCAAAAUAGGCAGAGAUGGUCAAGAGAUUGAACCAAAAAUUGCAGAGGAGUUGUGCCGACUGUUCAGUGUAGAUACAAAUGUUGAUAUGACACCAAUACUCAGAAGAUCUAAAGAAACUGCUAGGUAA